AUGCACCUUGCCUUAUUCUCACGUACAUGGCCCGAAAUGGUAGCUCAGCGAAGGAACUGUCUGCACGCACGUACCUUGUAUAGCUGGCAGCUUCCUAUGAUUGACUUUCUUGAGAUCACAUUAGGGAUACCCUCAGACGUUGGAUUCUGGAGGUUCACGGGCAGUCUUGCAAGGCCCCCGUCCCAAAUCCUAAAUGUCAAUAUGUCUGUCACUGCUGUGCCCGGUACUUGGACCCCUAAGGUAUCUUUCCUCCCGCCGCUUCGCUCGAGUACACUACGCGACUACUACAACACAACAAUGGUCACUGAUUCGUUCUACACUUUUCAAGAGUCUAUUGGUCGUGCAGGGCCUGGAACACGCGAUCGUCAACCUCGAUUCCGCCGUUGGGAUGGUGGGCGCCUCGUUUUCUCGCAACCGGUCUUGCGUCUCUCAAGUUUCAUACCGUCGCUUUCUCUACCUACACUACCGGUAGAGAUGGCGGACUUUGGAUUUGAGCAGUUAAAACAAGGCAAAUCGGCCCCUCUGCCUCUCUGGGUCUGUCAAAAACCAGCAGCUGUCGGACAGGGGCAACCCGAGUCAUUUUCCAUCACACGCUGGAGCGACAAUCCUUGGCCUAUGACAUCCGCAUCGAGCCAACUCGUCGCUCAACCCGGGAAACCGCAACAUGACGGACCGAAAUGGCGAACCCGGACAUCACGGGUGCCUCCCAUGCUCUACACUAGACCGACUGACAAAAGGUUGCUCAUCUGCUUCCUGAGGUCAGAUUCAGGCCUCGACCAAGACCUGCCGGACCUGACACAGGAGAAACCCGAGCCAACGGCGCGCUUCUUCGGCUGUCCUUCGCAAACACACACUCUUCCACUCCGCGACGGCCUGCGCACUUUGAACUUGCCAUCAGCCUCCUUCCGCCUUACAAGCCCGUCCCCUACCGUCUCAGGAACAGGGGUCCUUUUCAUCGCAGCCAAUCACCUUUCCAAACCUCCCAUCCCUGCGGUCAUCCCGCCCUUCCCUGCCUCCGCUUCAUGCAUUCACGCCAAAAUCUUCUCCUUCGCCCCAUUCACUGCCAUCCGCAAUCUCACUGGCUUGGACCUCAAUCUGCUCGGUGCAGAAGGCGAGAAAAAAGCACAGCUGCAUUCUGGAGUUGCUGAGAAUCUGCAUCAUAUUAUCUCCGUCAAAAACCGUAUCGUCGAGCGGGUCCCGUUCGGCUGCAUGUCACUCCCGAAGGAUGCAUGA